GCGACAAUGAUCACUUUACACCGCAGUCACUGUCCGGCGUAAACAAAAUUUCGUUACAGACAAGAUAAGAUGAACGCUUGUACCAGUGUUCUCUGCUUGCACAACUCCGGCUGCAGUAUUCUGAAAUGUGCUUUGUACCUUCGCGUUGCAGUGCUCAGCCGACAACUCAUCUGUUUCCACCACCGUCGAUCAGUAAAUCGAAGUGAUCGAUCUACCUACCUAACACGAUACGGUUAUAUUGAUGGACGGUGCCUUUAAAUCGGCCGUUGCCUUUUCAUUGAACAUCACUUUUACUUUAUCUCUUGCGGAUAUCUAACUUAUGUAGGGAUAUUCUGAGAACCCUUUUUGUCCCCAACAUCGUCCUACGCUUCAUGUUUUGAAUAUUAGGUCAAGAUACCGCACACGAUUCGCGAUUUGCUACUUUUGCCAAAAGCUUUUGGAACAGCUAAAAUCAAUUAUCGAAAGAUGUCCUCGUAAGACUCUACUCUAUCGCCUAGAAAAAUAGCCAAAGGAUUCUGUCAAUCAGUUUGCGCUCAGUGCUCAAGAAUGUGGGUCCUUUUAUUCGAGUGACAGCAUUGCACUCUUUUCCCUUUUCUUUACCCAUUUAUAAAUUUUCGCAUUUUUAGUGACGUCAUUUUACUUCAUCCGCAGCUGAUACUGUAGUGUAAUGAAAAUGCACCCAUCAGAGUACAUACAGCUUACUUUGACUCGAUUUGUUUCACAUAUGGUCAAAUCGCCUUAGAAAUUUCGUUUGCAAGCUUCUUCCACCUAUGAAGCCAGUGUCAUCGUAGCGUGUCAUUCAGGGAUAGAGUGUGUGCAGCGUCGCAGCGCACAAGCAUUAUUGUAUGGAUUAGAGACUGCGAAUGCCCAAUGAAGACACUAUAAUCUUGAUACUCAUCGCGUUUACGAAUCCAUGUUCACAUUAGGUGGGAGCGCCACUGGAAUUCACCAGUUUGGACUCCGCAGAGUCGUCUGAUACCAACCUGGUCGUAUGUUGAACUUGUGCCACAUAGUACUCCACCCGCUCGCUUACCGGUUACUCUGGCGUUUGCCGUAUAGUCGAUCGCAUGGUAUCACCAGACAUUACAUGAGGAAGUUGAUCGAGAAGCUUAGCUAGAUUGCUACUUGUCAGAAUGCUGGAUGAGGUCCUCCGAAUAAGUUGCGUCACCAUUUAAAUUCCUCGCCCGAUAUGGUUCAGUCUCGACAUUGAUAUUAUUAACACUUACUCUCUUCAUCCGACAGUUAUCUGGCCUUGCCUUCUGACAUCCGCUGUUUUUCUUCAAACACCUUUGGUAUUCUUCUUGCUUACUACUCUUUUAUUAUCUCACAGAGGCUUGGGUCAUUGUAGCUGAAUCAGCUGCACUUUUGGGCUUUGCUCAUCUUUGCUUUAAUGACUUGGACUGGACCGGAAAGCCCCCUUAUUUUACGUGUCAUAGAACUUAUCUUGCGGUAUUAAGCAUUCGUUCUUAUUUAUCUUAACAUUUGAGUACGUUUCGACUCACGAACCUCUGAGUCAUGUGCCCCGGUGACUACAUGGUUCAGUCAUCUGACUUCUUUAAUCUUGCUCAAGGAUGGGAGAUCUCGCAGAAUCCCUUGGGCGCAUGCGACUUGUGGUGAUCGCUUAAUGGCAGCGCGUCGGUACGGCGUACCGGCGUACUGCUGAUUUCGUUUUUAAUGCCCCGGUCUCUCUCCAUUUUCAGUCUAAAAGGCGUCAAUAUAUUGUAUUAAAUCCACGAAAUCAGAGCCCUGGCUGCUUGGCUUCGGAUUAUGAUCCAAUCAAUUCAUGUCUCUUGAAUAACUACACUAUCCCACCGUAUCAUGGUGCACGCAACGAUAAGAAUUUGAUCGGCGAGCCCCGUUUAUCGUACCUUUCGUCGAAUAUUUGGUCAGCAAUGCUGCCCGCGAUGUGUACCAUAGGCCAUGUUAGUUGACCGAUGAAAACUGCGCAUAAUGAAACCAGAAAGCAUCCUGGUUGUUACACCACUUUUUGUGCUUCCUUGCGUUUGUUGACACUCGCUCUCUGGUACGGUUCUGGAUUUCAAUAAACUUCAGAAAUUCCAUUUUAUUUUGCUGUACUCUUGUUCCCGCUCACACUAAUGUCUGAUGUUCUGACAUUGAGUCUCCAUGCACUUCUGACCGAUGGUGGGAAGCUCGAUUUUUUAUUCUCGUCUUUGCUCAUCCUAGAUUAAUUUCAAAAGACGUAAGCAGAUAAUAUUGUACACUGAAGUUAUUAACCAACCAAUGAGUUCUCUUUCGUUCUUUAUUAGAGGCAAACUUGUGCAUCACUUCGGUUGUUGUUACAAUUAGAUGGCGGCUAUAUGCUCAAUUUUCCUCCAGACACUUUGCUUUCCGUCGAUUUCUCAUUGGUUUGAUCCACAGUAGAGUCCUGUUUUGCCACUUGCCUAGCGGACAGAGUCAAACGCCAUUAUCCAUGUCUUCCCACAUCGAUUUUAGUUUCAACAAGUUAAUUGAAGAUAACCGUCCUGAAGAUAUUUUAUCGCUUUGUGAGUUCGCACGCUUCCACGCUCAGGUGUCGCUUGCGGCUGCAAAAUCUCUCUCUUUCGAGCAGCGAAGUGAUGACCUGGGUGACGACCUAGAACCUCCCAUCGUUGGUGUCACCAAACCAGCCGUCGAGAUAACAGACGCUACUCGGAAUUCUAUUCGUGAACUGUUAAUCGCAUCCAGAGAACAGAUUUAUCAGACUACAUAUACACAAAUCAUGAAACGGUGGUAUUUUGAAGAGAAGAUUCGACGUCCCUACUUUCACGUGAAACCCCUUGAGGAAGUUCAGUUAACCAAUUGGGCAGAAUAUCUGAGCUUCGAAGAAAACGAGGCUGCCGUCAUCUGCUCUGCUGUUAUGGAAGACGCAAAGGCCUCAAAACCCGAGAUAACAGAAGAGGAACUAGACGCAAUCUUAUCGUCGUCAGAGCUAGUCAGAUUAGCGAAGCGUCGGGUUAUUAUCCUUUACGAGCGGUGCUUGAUUCCAUGUGCCUUAUACGAGAAUUUUUGGAUCCGUUACGCCCGGUAUCUGGAGAUCACUGAACGUAACAUCCCCGCGGCUCGCGAAGUGUGGCGGAGAGCUUGCACUAUCCACCUUAAGUACAAGCCAACAAUUCAUUGGCAUUGGGGCUGUUUUGAGGACCGCUAUCCAUCUGAUUUGGACAACCCUCCAACUUUUCCCGUCAAAACUUGCCUACAGAUCCUUACGGAGUUGGAGGAGCGUUUAACCGACAGUGCUCUUGUAUGUUGUCGUCGAGCGGACGCUAUGCGUCGUGCCAAAAAGCCGCUGUUCGAUAUCAUUGCUUGUCUGCGUAGCGGAAUAAAUCGUCUUCGUUAUUUGUCUGAGGAACAAAGUAAGCUCGCCAAAUCGCUUUCCGGGCCCACUGCUUCGCGAACUGUUGCACAGGCCAUUGCAACAUCGGCCCAAGCACGCGCCGGAGCCGGCGUGCUUGCUGGUCGAUUGGCUCGCAUGUUGCAUCGUGACGAAUUGUUCAAAGACGGUCUGCAAAAGUGGAUGCUCUUGCUGCACACUGUUCACGAAGAAAGUGAGGACGCUGUGGAAGAAUCGGCGCCACAUGAUUCUGAGAUGCAAAAGGAGGAUGACGAUGACAUCAAAGUUGAUCAAGUGGAGAAAGGAACCGACCAAGUGUCAUCCGCAGUUGAGGGUGACAAUAUGGAUGCGCAACAGAAAGUGGAAGCAGCGGACAGCCAUGAUGAAGCAAUGGAGAGUGGUGAUGAAGAAAGGGACGAGGCGGAAGAUAAAGUGACGAGCGAUGACGAAGCGAUCGAUUCCGAUUCUGCUGCGUCCAUGGAUGACGGUGAUGAGAUGGAUGCCAGCGACAACGAAUACCACCGAAGCGAUAGGAAGUCAAGUGGUUCCGAUCAGAUGGCGGAUGAAGAAAAUGUCCCUCCAGUUUUGCCUGUAUCCCAAGUUAAGACAGGUUUGAAACGUCCACGAGAAGAAGCAAAACGAAAGAAACGUGAACGAAAAAGCAAGAAGGUGAAAACGGAAAAGAACGAGGAUGGCCAUGAGGAAGAUGAGGCUGAACGGGCUAGAAGAGAAGAGGAAGAACGUGUGCAGAGGGAAAAGGAAUUGGCUGCGGAAGAAGAGGAACGGAUCCGAACCAUUUUAGAUAAAAGACAGCGACUGAUCCAUUUGCAUGCACCUCCCGUUGAGUCUCUCACAGAAGAAGAUAAGCAACUCCUAUCCUCCGAGGAAGCCGCUAUCCUCGUUUUAAAAGAAGCCAUUGAGUAUGAUCCUAGGAACGAACGUUUGUAUGCUCAGUUGCUGGACAUUGUUUAUCAGCGGCAUCCGGUUGACUUGGAAGGGUUCAUCGAAAUGACCAACUUUGCUGCCAUCGACUCUGUUCUGCCUGCCACGGUGAAGCUGGCUUUCUGUCAACGAAAGUUACAAUUCUUGGAGGAGUUCGAUUCAGAUAUGAGCAGACUACAUGUGGCGUACGAAGAGUUUUUGCAUCUUUGCCAAGCUGUUAACAACGGUGUUGCUGCGGCUGCUGCUGCUCGAGGCAACAGCCGUUUUACUACGAGUUAUCCUCUACCAGAUCUUUUGAACUUACCAUCAGCAUCUGCCAGAAUCAAUGCGGUGGUAGCUGCAGGCUCGGGAGACACUUUGGUAUCGGCCGGACCGGUUACACGUCAACCCUGCUUAACUACCGACCAAUCGGUUUUGGAUGCUGCGGCGUCUGUUGGCACUCCAGCCCCGGAUCCAUCGACGUCGGCAGGCUAUUUCACUGCGGGCGCCUAUGAGCCUUUGGCAUCAGCUUUAGGCGCAGUUGGCGGUCUUCCUCCACCUGUCCCCACCAAUAUACCAGUGAGCGACGCAUCUGCAUGGGCAACAGCGGCCGCUGCGGUCGAUCCAUUCGCUUCCUUUUACUACACUGCUGCUGCCGCUUCUGGAACCGUACCGAGUUCCGUUGCAGCGUCAAGUUCCACUUAGUCACAAAGCAAUACAACGUUUUAUCCAUUCAUUCGCAUUUCUUAUCUUUUUACUGUUUCACACACUUUUUUGCAUACGAAACGAAUUCGUUUUCAUUGCGUCUCUAUUGGUGAACUUCAUAAAGCCUGGUUUUGAACACCCACUGGCUUUGUUACUUCCUACCACGCUUUACAGUCAGUUUCCAAUAGCACUAUUUUUUGGCAGUCGUACUGUUUGUUCCCAAGUCACCAAUCUACCUGGCAUUAUCAGUGCGUUAUGUGCGCGAGCGUGACCUUUCGCUAGUCAAUAUACAUACCAAUACUUCAAAAACCAGUGGUCAUUCUUUCGAGUGGAUGCCUCGUAAAAUCCUUCGAAAAAUUUU